GUGGCUUUCCGUAGAUCACGGCCUGGGCGUCGGCAGUUCACUGACUGCUGCUGCGUAGGACACAAACACCAAACACCACUUCACCGAGAGAGCUCGGAGGUGUCUGUUACAUAAACGAAAACUUAUUAUAAAACAUAAAAAAUGCAUUCAGUCGCCCUGGACAGCAGUGGUUCGCCAAAGAAGCGGACGUUAUCUCGGGGAAUGAGCGAGGAUGAGUCUCUCCGCAGCAUUAUAAAAGAGACCGACAGCUCAUCCAGGCGUCUGACACGGAGCGACAGCCGAGCAGGCGCCCCGAAGAAGAGGAGUGACAGUCAGCAGUCUGAGCAGGACCUCUUGAUGGGACUCCCAGAAAUGCUGGAGUUGCAGGCCAGCUAUGACGAGGUGGUGCAGGAGCUGCGUGGGCUGGAGGUCGAGCGAGAGGCUCUGUUGUUCCAGGUGGACGUUCUGCAGGACACUCUGGAGGGUGUAGAGGAGCUGCUGGCUGAGGCCCAGAGGGAAGCUGGACAGCUUAGUUUGGAGCUGGAACAAGAGAGGGAGGCCAAGAGGAAACUGAAGAGCAUGGUCUGCUCUCUGAUGCAAGAAGUGGAGAGAUUAAAAGAGGAAAGGAAUAACGAACCACCUGCUCCAGCGAACACACAUGGAAGUGUGGAUGAGGUAAGAAGACAAGGACACCAAAUGAAAAACGAUGCCAAGGAAUCGAUGAAAGCCGCGCACAGAGAAGAAAAAGCUCCCAGCAGCGAAAGCAGAGCGUCAGAGGAAGACGGACAGAAUGAAGAGGCAGUAGAUGAAGGAGGCAUCCUGAUGAAGCUGCGGAAGAUGAUCAGUAAGCCACUGAGCCACACACCCUCUCUUGCACUGGACAACCCGUUCUUUGAAGACGGGGUCCUGCGGAGGCCUUACGAAAACGGUGUUGAGAUUGUUGACGGACGAGAUCCUUCUCCGGACAGGCACGACUCAGACAGCAUAAGUGCCUAUGAGGAUGCGUCUGCUGAGACUCCAGAGCAGGACAGGAUGUUUCCGGGUGAAGCAAACACUUUGGAGCUGCCUGAUGAUUCAGAGAAUAAAGAGAAGAUUAACAACUGCCUGGUCAAUGACACCGAGACCCAAGACCCCAAACCCCCCGAACUCUGUGUCAUGUCGUAACUAAUAUGUUUUACCUACUACUGGGCAAAAGGUCAAAGGUAAUUAUUGAUCAUUUGGUGUAAUUCAAGAGCUCUUUGGUUUGCAGUUUAACUCAUAUCUGAUAUUUAUGUUCGUAGAAACCGCUGAGGCCAGCAAUAACAUUCAGAACUCCAAAAAGUAGUUGAUUAGUCGAUUGAAAGAAAAUUAAUCAUCUGCAACUAUUCUGACAAUCAAUUUAUCAUUUCCGUCAUUUUUCAAGUAAAAAUGCCAAACAUUUGCUUGUUUCAGCUUCUCAAAUGUGAGGUUUUGCUGUUUUUCUCUGUCAUAUCUGACAGUAUCUUUGGGAUUGGGAUGUUACUUUGGGUUCUGGGAAAUUAUGAUGGUCAUUUUUCACUAUUUUUUUAACUUCUUAUAACUAAUUAAUCGAGAAAAUAAUCGGUAGCUUAAUUGAUAAUGAAAAUAAUGGUUAGUUACAGCCCUAGUUGUAAUACACUGUAGUAGAGCUGUAAGUUUCAGUCUUAAAUUCACAGCAAAGGAACUCAGGAUUGAGCUGGUUUACUAGCUGGAAUUCCUCUAAUGACUACUUUAUAUUAUUUGCCAAUAUUUUCUUCUUAAUAUCUGUCUUCUUUUUUUAUAUUUAUAUAUAUAUAUAUAUAUAUAUAUAUAUAUAUAUAUAUAUAUAUAUAUAUAUAUAUAUAUAUAUAUAUAUAUAUAUAUAUAUAUAUACAUGGAUAAACAUGGAAUAUACUCCAUGCUGCUUUGACCGUUUACCUCUUUGGUAACCUCUUUGUAUACUAACAGCUGCCUGGACACAAGUCAGGAUUUACCUGUUUACAAAACGCAGUGAGCUCUGUAAGAAUUUGGAACGGGACUGUUGCUGUUUUGGCUCCAAUCAUAACUACACAAGAGUCAGUCUGAACAUUUCAGACACACACAGCUGGUAACUGCAUUUGGGAAGCUAAGAUCAGGUACAGGUAAUCAAAGGCAGCAAGGUGGGGUUAUAAGAUACAGAUUUUUUAAGAAAGGGAAAAUGCCAUCUUAUUUACUGCCUUGCUGAUCUUAACUAGAACGUUUAUUUUUUUAUCUUUCAUAUACGGCCUUUGUCCUGUUUUUAUUUUGAAUUUAGGGAAAUUGAAUUAGCUGCAUUUGCACUUUUUAAAGUUGUCAGAUUACAUUAGAAACAACAUUCCCUUUUAUAACCAAACACAUCAGCGAGAAAUAAUCAGCUUACCUGCUGCAGGCUGUACUCUCUCUGCCUGCGAGGUAAUACUGUAUGUUUGCACAUUUGUGGAUUGUGGAACUUGCUGAAAUUUGUCUCUUUGGAUGUCUCUGAUUGAUGUACACUUUGCAUUUAAUUGCAAUUUAAAAUUGUUUUUUUUUUUGUUGUUUUUUUUUGCAUUUAAUUGCAAUUUAAAAUUGUUUUUUUUUUUGUUGUUUUUUUUUAAGAAUAGACCCUUUCACCUCAUCUGAGAUCAAUAAUUUGCAUGAGCACCUAAGAAUGUAUAUUGAUUUCCAAACUGCACAUGAAUUGAUCUGUGCCAUUUAUUAGUACUUUUGCACGCACUACUUUCACACAUAUAUUAAAUAAUAGUUUAAUUGAAGUUAUUUACUGCAUUAAAUUGACUUAUUUGGUGUUUUGAAGGGAUUUACAAUUUUAAUUUUGUUUACAAAUAAUGUAUCACAUCACAUUCCCUGGGUUUUAAGGUGGAUCUUUACCAAAAUUAACAAAUAAGUUCAGUUUUGAUGGAAUACAUCAUGUGACACUUUUAAAUGAAAAUCGCAAUUUUGACAACUGAUUCUGUCAUAUGGGAAAAAGCAGAACAAUUUUAAUACAUUUAUAGAAAUUUGAAAAUGGAAUGUUUGCAGUUCGCUGCAUUUAGCUGCAUAUCAUUUUGUGGGUUUCAGGCAAGAUAUUAAUGUUUGUAUUGACUCUUUUGUCUUUUUGUAUUACUUUUAUCACACAGGCCUAUUUCAUCAUAAUACUGGUUCACAUGCUAAUACUUGAUUAUAUAUUGUGCUGGCUGCCAUGAUGCACAAAGCAUCGGAGAAACAGCAGCUCAGAGGAGAUGCUUUUUCCCUCCACUAAAUGAGCUGAUAGUAGGUUAGUGCUGUUACUGUAGUGCUGUAACUGUAGUGCUGCUAUUGUAGGGCUGUGUGGUGGCACUGUGGUCCGUUCUUGAACAAUCAGGUCAUUUGCAACCAACGCUGUUCAGAUAUCAUUGGCUGUUUAUGUUGUUGUCAUCAACAAUUCAUUUUAUUUUCCUAUUAAUUUCCUGUCAGGUCAAAGGAUUUGGUUUGUUGUAAUGAACCAGUAAAGUUACAUUACUCUGACUUCAAAUGUUUAACUGAUCAAACGUUGUUUUUAAACUUCCUUCAUUUGACAAUAUCUCUGGCUCUGUUUAGCAUUUGGAGCUCACAGCAGUGAGUAUUUGACAAUUUAUCAAGUAAUCAAAUUGUUUUUGUGUUUCAUUUUCAGACAAUGCAAAAAAUAUGAUGUUACUGUAAUUUGAUGUGUUUUAUGGGUCUAGAUAUUUUUGACUUGUCCUGAGCUUUGUAUUAAAUGUUCAGAUGUAACAGUGAAUGACAUAAAUUUAUACUUGUAACUGAAAUUACAUUCCACACAUAUCAAAAUAAAAGGAGUCAAUAAUGUUGA